AAUUUACGCUUUUUCAUACACGCAUAACUGGCUACAAAGUCGAACUAUCGUAAAAAAUCCACAUACAAAUACAGUCAUUUAAUGUCCUUAAUAUCGAGUUUCAUAAUAGGUUGAUUCAUUCUAAUUUGUAAGCUAACGGAGCUAAACGUGAUCUGCUGAGGGUAAAUAAUUUGUUACGUUACGCACUUGUAAGACGGAAAAAACAAAUAUCUAUGUGUGUAGCGUAGACCUCUUGAAAAAUGAUAAAACGAUGGCCUCGAUGGACGCACGUCUGAGCGUCAGAGUGUCAGACUCACACACAGACACACAGUCACGCCUGACGCCUCCAAAACCCGRCGAGACAAAACGGUGCGCAACGUUUGGACCCUACGCCGAAUACGUCAAAAUACGUUACGCCGCCGCCGUGUCGUUCGGUACAAACGGAGCGCUCUUGUCGGCGUCUGUUGGUAAUUCGCCGUUAUCCGUUUCGUUUGAAUAUUAUUGUCCUGCAGCUGCUGCUGUCCAAGUCCAAAUCGCCUUGUGCUUGUAUCGCGUAUUUUACGGUUGCCGCCGAUUGGAGGCUCAUUCGCAUUGUCCCGUAUCGUCCGUCGGCGACGUUUUGACGAUGAUCGCGGACACGGAAAUUCUUCCCGUCGCUGAGAAAACAAUGAAUACUGUAGAUACAUCUGAUGCGUUGGAUUUGACUAAAGAAAAUAUUAGACCACUAAGACAAGGUAGAAAACCUAUUCAGUUAGAAACUGCCUUACAAGCACAAUCUAAUUUGGAAAUUCAACAAAAGUUAAAUAAAGAGAAAGAAAAAUAUGAACAUGCUAUUCGUACAUAUGAAGGUGAUGAUCCUUUAGCUCCACAUUUUGAGUAUAUGAAGUGGCUAGAACAAAUAUAUUUAAAGCAUGGACCAGAGAGUAAUCUGUUUCCUCUUAUUGAAGAAACUGUACAGAAAUUCAAAAAUGAUUCAAAAUACAAACAGGAUCCAAGAUUUAUUAAAAUUCUGAUUAACUUUAUUGAAAACCAAUCAAAUGCUGUUGAGCUAUAUCAAACUGUCUACAACCAAGGUAUAGGUACGAUGUGUGCUUUAUUUUAUCGUGCAUGGGCAGAGUUAUUGGAUAGAUACAAUGAUUUUAAACGCGUGGAUCAAAUAUUUUUGUUGGGAAUUAAAGCUAAGGCUGAACCAGUUGAAGAACUUGAACAAGCUCAUCUUCAAUUCCAAUUAAGCGUUGCUAGGCGAAUGAUUAAUGGACAGUUAGAAAAUGAUGACGAUAAGAACCAAGAACCUGAAAAAAGACAAGCAUUUAAUGUAUUAAAAAAGUCUGAAACGCAUAGUGGAGUCAGAYAUGGUUUUGGUGGAGUUAUUGGAAAAGUUCCACAAACAAAUAAUGUCAAUGGAAAAUCCACUGUUCUUAGGAUUUUCGAGGAUAAUGAUGAAAAUGGAUUACAUGGAAUUGCAACUAGCAAUUGUGAUUUUGCUCAAAAAGGACUAAACAAAGAAAAUACAGUAAAACCUGGACCAUGGACUAAACCUAAAAAAACUCGCUCAAAAGUUCCUAAACCCGUAUCAACUGUUGACUUUGAAGUACACCAGGACAAUAAUUUGGAAUGUGUAACAAAGUUACCUGGUAUUACAGUUCCAAAUGCGUUACGAAGUAUUAAAGGAAAUACUAAUCUUUCCUGUCCAAUUGCUGUAUUUGAACCUCCAGAUCCCACCAAAAGACCAAUGUAUUGUAAAGAAAAAGUUCCACUUCCACUGCGUAACAAUGAGCCUGAUCCUUUGAGUCAAUCUGUUACUGUCAACACAAGAGUUGCAAUUGAUUUAGUUCAACAAAUGUGGAAUAGUCCAUGUGCAGAUAAGGAUGAAGAGUCAAAAUUGAUUUCAAAAGAUCAAAAACCAAUUUCAUUUGAUGCAUUUGAAGAAGUUGAUAAUAAUGUCAAGCCUUUUCCUUCAGAUUUUAUGGUUUAUGAAGAUAACAAUACACCGGCUGAUGACAAAGUCUUUAAAAUACAACAAAAAGAGAUGGUUAAAAAUGCAGAGAAUUUUUAUGUUUACACAGAUGAAGAUGAUCAAGUAAAAUCUCAUAACGAACCUUCUACAUUUGUUGAAAAUAAAGAUAAAAAUAAAGUAGAAAAUAAUGAAUUUCAAGUUUACAUUGAUAAAAAUGAUGAAAAUAAUGGAGAAGUUUUUAAAGUACCAGACGUAUAUGUUGAUAAUGAUGAAAAUGUAUUCAGUAAAAAAACUUCUAAAAUAAAUCAAUUCAUGAGUAAAACAGAUAGUAGUAUCAAAAGUAGUUCAAAAAUAGAAUUGAAAAAUGAUGAAAACUUUAAACUGCCUAUUAAAGUUCCAAAUUAUAAUGUCUAUGAAGAUGAAAGUUAUGAUUCCAAAAAUACUGAAAAACAAAUUAACAAAACUAAAGAUAAUUCUAUUAAUCCAAGUAGUGAAGGCAAGUCUCCUCUCAAAAAGAUUGAAAGUGUAACACAAAUUGAGUAUUGUAAAAACUUGAAAUUAAUCCUAAAAUCAAUGCAAUAUCAUCUAGGCCAUAACAAAAUGUCACUUCUCAGUGAAAUUGGUAAAGGAUCAUAUGCACGUGUAGUGAAAGUGAGAUCAGAUAGCGAAAAUGCUAUAGAAAGAGCGCUUAAAAUUCAAAAACCUGCGUGUGCUUGGGAAUGGUAUAUAAGUAAAGAAAUUCAGCAUCGUCUUAAAGAUUCUGAGAAAGUAUUGGCAUAUUUCAUAAACAUGGAUCAAAUGUAUGUAUUCAAAAAUGGGUCAAUAAUUUCUAUGGAAUUUGCUUCUCAUGGGACAUUAUUAUCUGUGAUUCUAGCUUACAAAUUGUCGAUGAACCGUUCCAUCCCUAUAACUGUUGGUGCACUGCUCAUUUUACAAGUAACAUCAGCACUCAAAUACCUUCACCAAUGUCAAAUCAUUCAUGGAGACUUAAAACCAGAUAAUGUCAUUGUUAAAACAUUAUACAUAGACAAGGAACUUUGGGGUACUAUGCUGAACAUGUUGUUGAAUAUAGAAUCAUGCAAGAAUCUACCUAGCCUGGACGAAAUUAUAAGGAAAUUGAACAAAUAUCUAUCAAUUCAACAAAAAGUGGUAUUGAAACAUAAUUUUACCAGUUUAAAAAAUGCAUUAAAAAAAAAUUAAUGUCUUUGUGUUUUACAUUUAUUUUAA